AUGGAGAUUUACAGAUUAGUCUUCAAAUAUCAAAAAGGAGGACAUAUUAAAAGUGCUGGGAAAAAUUCCUUUAUCAAAAGUUUCCAAGAUCCAAUAAUAGCCACUGCCCAUCCCGUUAUCGAUUUAAUUGAUGCCAUUAAACCUGAUUCUAUUAAUUACAGCCAAGUUAAAUCGGGUGAUACUGAAGAGGAAAGAAUGGACAAUGCAAAAUAUGCAAUAUCCAUGGCACGUAAAGCUGGUGCCCGCAUCUAUGCCUUGCCAGAGGACAUCACAGAAGUGAAACCGAAAAUGGUCAUGACUGUCUUUGCGUGUCUCAUGGCUCGUGAUUACCUACCCAACAUGGGAGAGAAGAAUGGAACUUCUUCGAGUCCAGUCCGAGAAUAGAGUAGCAUUUUUUUUUUUGUUUUUUUUAAAUUAAUCUUGCCACUAGAUCCGUAAAGAGUUUGAAAUUUUGCCACAUCAGAGAUAGAAUUGGAGAAGCCCAGUAUAUUCAUUAUCAUGUAAAUUUUUAGAUUUAAAGUAAUCGGGAUAAGAGAAAUGUGUGGUAGAACAAGAUAAUCAUACGGUUCUUCUAAUUUUAGCUACAUAGUACUUCUGUUUGAUAUGUAAAGAAGCAUUCAUCAUAUUCUUAAAUUAUGGAAGAUUAUAUAUAUAUAUAACUUGGCAGAUUGAUUAAUCAAAAGAGAGAAAGUAGGAAUUAACAUGGCAUUAAAAUUUGAGAACUCUGAAAUUGCAAAUUUAUCGGAAUUUACAGUUAUGAAGUUUGAUAUGUUAAGAUUAUAUUUUGAUUUUAGGCAAUCUUCAAAUAUUCUGAACUCAACCGGGCUCAAAAUUUUAACAUUUGGGAUAUUUCAAAGUUUGUAUUCUGAAAAGGUUUCGUAUAUGAUUUUAUUAACUCUACUGUUAAAUAUAUAACAUUAAUUCUUAUAUUUCUCUCUUAUGUUGUCGUAAGUAUCGUGCAAUGAGUUCAAAGUCAUCCAUGAAGUACUAUAAUUUUGAAAAAAAUCAAACCAGAGUUUUAAAUAAUGCGUGUUUUAAAAUCACGAAUGGGACUAGAGUGCCUCACGCUUUUUUGGGGAACAAAGAAUUUUAACGUCCACAGUGCCAGUUUUUUUAAUCACUAAACUUUAACUCUCGGAGAUCAAUAUUCUUUAUCAGUGUAUAGUUUUGAUAUCAUUUAUCAACAUUAUAUAUUGAUAUAUGUCAAUAUUAUAGUUUGUCAUAUAUUGAUGAUGUUUUAUUUAAUAUUAUAUUCAUAUAAAUAUACACUCUCUUCCACUUUUUUGUGGUUAUCAUUUAGUACAAAAACACUUUGAGAGAGAAUUUUUUAAUGGCUUUGAAUUAAUACUUUUUAUACAUUAGUUUUCACCAAUUUUCUGAUAUGGAUAUUUGAUACAUAGCAAAGAAUUCUGUACCAUAGAACCUAUUUCUCUCAUUCCAUCAUAAAAUGCCAACAUUCCUUUAUAUUAUAUGCUAAAUCCAUGUCAAUACUUUGUCUGGAAAUAAAAGAAAAAUUAUUUCUA